AUGAGCGGCUUUGUAAAGUGCCAAAAACCCUCUGAAACAUCCUCAAGCUCGAUUUCAAGUGGCAUUCCCACAUUAGACAAGCUUAUAGAGCUUUCCGAUGGAACCGUAAGCUGCAUCUACGAGGAUCAAAACUCGUUCUUCCAUAAUACAAUGCUUCAAACAUUCGUUUCUUCAUGCACCGACAGAAACCAGCAAUGUCUUGUGCUUAGCUGCGAAGACAAGCUGCUUCUGAGAUUCCUUUAUGCGCAAAAGGAAUCUGAAGAAGAGCCAGAAGUACCAAAAAACCUACUCAUAGCCUGGCGCUAUAAAAGCAUGAGCCCCGCUGAACCGAAGUUCAAAUGGAACUUACUGUCGAAGCAGCCAUUGCCCAAAGAAAUGAUAGUGAAUAGUUUAGAUGAACUGUUAUGCAUUUUGAAAUCGAAGGAAGCCUUAAAGACGGUGAUCUUCUCUCUUUUUUCGCCACUUUUUGGACAGUUUACACCCGAUCAAAUUUUUAAGACUCUUUUUGAAAUUAAAAAAUAUGCUAGACUAAAUAAACACACUGUGUUUCUCUCGCUUCCAAAGUUCCUUGUUGAUGAAGAAACGUCUGUCUUUUUCGAUAACAUUAUUCAGAUCCGCUCUAACUUGCUCUUUCCUCAUGAAACGUCAUAUUACAUCGGCUAUCUUGAGCUGUUGAAAGUUAGCUCUGUUGGAGCAUUCAGGGUAAACAGCCUUGAAAGUACAAAAUAUGGCAUUGUUUUAAAAACAAAAAAAAUCAAAAUAGAAAGAAUUGACAUACCACCCGAUGAAACAGUUCCUUCGGCUAGCUGCGGCCAAUCAUUUUGA